CUAAGGAGUAGGAUUCGAGUGGACGUUUCCCUUCCAUUGAUUCCGAGCUCAGCCAUGAGUAAUGAACUGGCUAUUCGUUUCAACAAUGAGCUGCGUUCCUGGGCAAGCCACCUGCGCCAUUGGAAAACUCAACCACCCGCGCAGAGAUGCUCUACCCGUUCUUCCACAACUCGAGACAUUGGGACACGACGGCCCCAAGAGAUCUAGUGAAGAGCGUCUCGAGGUCCUCACACUGGACAUCCCUUAAAUAAGCCUUGGAGAAGGUUUGAAUUUUUGAAGAUGCAGAACAUGGACUCAUGAGCCACUGUGCGCGACAGCCGCCGCUCUCCAUGAGACUGCCCCAGAGACAAGCGACAAGCUCGUGCUCUUCUCUGAGAGUUUACCACCUUUCGACUCUGCCACCUCCAAGAUGGGCCUCUUCUCGCCUCCGGAUUCACCUUACGCACCUCCCUCUCUCAUCUACCAGCUCAUAUAUCACCCUCUGACCACCUGUUUUACCUUCUUCCACCACAUCUUCCUCUACCUCCGCGGUCCACCCUACAUCACACCCAAAAACAAAAUCCCCAUCCGCGUCGUCUGCCUCUCCGACACCCACAGCCAAAUCCCACGCACGGCAAUCCCCAAGGGCGACCUCCUCAUUCACUCCGGUGACCUUACAAACAACGGUUCGCGCUCCUCCAUCCAGCAAACUAUAGACUGGCUAAAAACACUCCAAAAGCCCUGGCACGGCUCCUCCGAUGGGUUCCGCCAUAUCGUAGUGGUGGCGGGGAACCACGACAGCUAUUUCGACGAGCGCAGCCGUGGUGUAGGGGACAAGGGCCGUGCCCACCGUCAGCUAGACUGGGGGAAAAUCCACUACCUGCAGCACUCGUCAAUCACACUGCGUUUUCCCGGCGACCGCGCGUUGAAUGUCUACGGAGCUCCGCAGAUACCUCAGUGCGGGGGUAAAGAGUUUGCAUUUCAAUAUACCAGAGGUCAAGAUGCUUGGAGCGGUACCAUCCCUGAAGACGUGGAUGUCCUGGUCACGCACAACCCGCCGAAGUGGCAUCUUGACCUACCCACCAGUGGAGGCAUGGGCGAUGAGUUCGAGCUAAAGGAAGUUUGGCGUGUCAAACCUACACUGCAUGCUUUUGGGCAUAUCCAUUCUGGCCACGGCGUUGAUCCCGUCUGGUGGGACGACAGCCAGCGUGCAUUUGAAGAGUUCCUGGCCGCGGCGUAUAAUAAGCCCGCCGACACACCUGCGAGUCACCGCGUACCCUUCGCCGAGCUGCUGGAUAUACCGUUGUGGGUUAAAGGCAUCCAAUGCACGAUCGCAGAUGUGAGAGGUCUACUGUGGACAAGGCUGUGGGGAGGCGCCCGACAGGGAGGCUACAUGGUCAACGGCGCUCUGGCGCAUCAGACGACAACUCGGUUGUUGAACAAACCCCGAGUUGUGAGUCUUUAGACCUAAUACUGCAUCAAGAGACUUGGGAGGUUAUGCGCACCCUGAACGAAGAAACGGUCGAUAAAUUGUACGAGUCCCACGCCCAUCUCAAGCCAUUUGCCUCGAACCAGAGAGCCGGGGAAUAAAUCCAGAUGAUGUACAGGCACAUUCACGGUGUUCCAGAGACAGACGAAAAAGGAGAAAUGGAGAAAAGCAAAAGCGAUAGAUAUCUUUGUACGCAGGACUAUAGUUUAUCAUUAAUUCGUAUUUUUCUCCCCUA